CCUCGGCAAAGUCGAGGCACUCGCACCGACGACACAACACCCCAAGCACAAGAGCCCUAUCACCAAUGUUGAUAGACCGGACAAAGGUCGAGACGUUGUUCUUAUUCUUCUUGGUGGCUUGAAAGAUCCGAGUAGAGUAGAUUCUGAGAUGAUCCAUACAAGAACUCAGAGUCGAGACUCGGUCGAAGUUGGGAGGGGAAAGGACGCGAAACGGGGACUAGAAGGUCAACCCAAGCAAACAGAGGGUGACUGGGACCAGAUGGGCAGAGCAAGAUGGAUACGGAUGUGGAUACCCUCGCGCAGGGGAAGCAAGCUCAGAGCGGACUCCUCUCGCCUGGCUCCAACCUCACCAAAGCUGCGAGAUCCAAAGCUACGCCCACACUUCCAUGGCCAUAAUCCGAGUUCGAGCACGGUCUUGACCAGUGACGAAUCUGCCAACCAUACACUGGCCCAUGUUCCUAGCCUAGAAAGAGACGCUGCGUCAAAGUCUCCCACGGCUUGGACAUAUGCCUCUCUUCGCACAAGCAAAUCCGUUUCUCGAUCCGUUCGUAGGCCAGGGAGUGCGUCUUCGAGUCAAGGAGGAGGGGCGGUUGGUUUUGUAGGUCCAGAUGGGGCGCCACUUCCUCCCGUGAAACGCAGUUCGUCCUCUGGCAAGCCUGCUUUCAGUGUUCGAACUCGCGUCAUGUCACCCAACCGCACCCCGAUAAUUACCAACAAGGAAAGUGGCAAUGGUGAUCAGGAGAUAGAAAUAUCAUCACCGCCUGUAGACGCCACCGAGAGUAGUACUUUGGUGGAGCCGUCAUCUCCUAAGAGCUUUGGUGAUAGGAUCGGCUCCCUUUUGUGGAAGCGCAAAGGCUCUUUAAGGGAAUACUCGGGACCGCAUAGUCCCUCUUCUGGCAGUUUUGCGUUCAACACGACCGCCGGAAGACGGCCAAGUGUGGGGCUGGGCGAGGGCAACUCAUUAUCUGUCAUCCACCCACCGCUGAGGACAACAGCAAGCAGAAUCAAGGAGCGGCACCCUCUGGAUCACCAUUAUGAAAUGGACACAAUUCAUAGUACGGCUGAUAAUAUGAUGGAUGGCGGCUGGGCCGCCACGACAUUUGAGGAGACAGGGAAUGUGGACGAGGAUGGGAUCGUGGUGCUGGAUGAGUGGAGUGGUGGGGGUGAGUCGGAGCGAACUAGUCCAGGCUUUUCACAACACUCUCCGCCUUCUGAAGGACAAGGACUUUCUCGGAAUGUUUAG